AUGCCAUUCCAUGAAGCAAAGGACAUGUGUGUGAUCUCUGUAAUAGAUACAAUCAACGAUGAUGAUUUGACAACUCAUAUUGAGGAGAGACUUGGUGUUAAGGACCUUAAAGCAGUUAUUAUGAAUUUUGAGGAUAAUGGCAUUGAUGAAUACGAUGAGUUAGUGAGUGCACCUGAGUGUAAAGUUGUUUCAGGAAAUAAUGUUAACUUCAUAGGGAGGAACAAGUUAUUCUUAUGUGAUAUGAAUCUUGAUUGUGAGAGUGUGGAACAAAUGAAUUUGAAGAAGGAAAUUCUUGAAUUAAACAAGAAUCUAUACCCCUCUAUAGAGACAUAUUGCACUAGAUUUUUGAAAGUUUCAGACCUUCAUACUCUAUACUGGGAGCAGUCAGGAAAUCCUAAUGGCCAUAUGAUAGUGUUUCUCCAUGGAGGCCCUAGAGGUGGGACUUCACCCAAUAAUAGGAGGUUCUUUGAUCCUGUCUUCUACAGAAUCAUUCUAUUUGAUCAGAGAGGUAUAGGUAAGCCUCAUGCUUGCUUGGAGGAGAACACUACAUGGGAUCUCAUUGGGGAUAUUGAAAAACUAAGAGAGCAUUUAAAGAUUCUGGAAUGUCAAGUAUUUUAUGGCUCAUGGGGAAGCACUCUUGCUCUUGCAUGCAGCAUGUCACAUCCUGACAAGGUUAUUGGUAUCAUUCUUAGAGGGAUCUUUUUGUUGCAGAAGAAAGAAAUUGAUUGGUUUUAUGAGGGCGAAGCUGCUGUAAUAUACCCUGAUGUUUGGGAACCGUUCAGAGAUAUGAUUUCGGAGGAAGAAAGGAGUUGUUUUGUCGAGUCUUACCACAAAAGAUUAAAUUCGGAUAACCUAGAAACACAGUAUGCAGCAGCAAGGGCAUGGACUAAAUGGGAAAUGAUGACUGCUCAUCUUCUCCCUAAUAAAGAGAAUAUAAAGAGAGGAUAUGAUGAUCAUUUCUCCUUAGUGAGGUCUUACACAUUUUCAAGGAUUGAGAACCACUACUUUAUCAACAAAGGGUUCUUCUCUUCAAAUUUUUUCCUUCUGGAUAAUGUUGAAAAGAUAAAGCAUAUCAAAACAAUAAUUGUUUAG